GCCCCCCUGAGCGCCCUGUCUGUGUUCCCACAGGUUCCCUGGCAGCCAUGGAGGAAGGUGAGGACGCCCCAGUGGGGGACAGGAGCCCCUCGGAGAGGGACGGGGCCGCCUCGGACUGCGAGGGCUCGGCCGAGCGCGACACCUGCAGCCCCCCCGGCAGUGAAGAGUCCAGAGAUGCUCUGGAGAGUCCCAAGGAGCUGGAGAAGCCAGGAGAUCCUGGAGAAAACCCCCAGGAGCCAGCCAGCUGGAAUGGGCCAGAGGAGCUGGCUCUGGAGCUGCAGGAUGGGCAGAGACAGCUGAGGACCCGCAGGAGCCUCCCCGAGGGCUUCUCCUGGGGCCCCUUCCAGGGCAGCAUCCACAGCGAGCCGGCAUCACCCGGGCGCGGCGGCACGAGCCCCCCUGUGACGCUGGUGCUGGGGGACGAGAGCUGCUGGCUGUCCCACCUGCCCCUGGUGCCUGGAGAGCCCGAUGCCAACGCUGUCAUCUACAGGAAGGACGAAGCCCUGUGGUGCCGCACGACGCGCGCGCUGCGGGAGGACGAGCCCCUGAGCGCCUUGGUGGUGGCAGAGCCACCAGCUGUCCCCAAGCACGGGGUGAAAGCGGAGCCUGGAGAGUCCCCGUACCCGGCGGCGCUGCACUCGGACAUCCAGCUGCUGCCGCAGCAGGCUGGCAUGGCCGCCAUCCUGGCCACUGCUGUGGUCAACAAGGACGUGUUCCCCUGCAAGGACUGCGGGAUCUGGUACCGGAGCGAGCGGAACCUGCAGGCGCACCUGAUGUAUUACUGUGCCAGCCGGCAGAGCGCCGGCGCCGGCUCCCCGGCCCUGGAGGAGAAACCCAAGGAGACCUACCCCAACGAGAGGGUCUGCCCCUUCCCUCAGUGCAAGAAGAGCUGUCCCAGUGCCAGCUCCCUGGAGAUCCACAUGCGGAGCCAUAGCGGAGAGCGGCCGUUCGUCUGCCUGAUCUGCCUGUCCGCCUUCACCACCAAAGCCAACUGUGAGCGGCACCUGAAGGUGCACACGGACACCCUGAACGGUGUCUGCCACAGCUGUGGCUUCAUCUCCACCACGAGGGACAUCCUGUACAGCCACCUGGUGACCAACCACAUGAUCUGCCAGCCUGGCUCCAAGGGAGAGGUGUUCUCACCUGGAUCAGCCCUUCCUGCUGCCAAACCCCUCGCUCCCGGGCUCUCGGUGACACCAGUGCUGAUCAUCUCUGUGCCAGGGCUCUCGGUGACACCGGUGCUGAUCAUCCCUGUGCCAGGGCUCUCGGUGACACCGCCCCCCCCCCCCCCCCCCCCCACCGUCUUCCUGCCGCAGUACGUGUUCGGCCACGAGGCCGCCGUGGUGCCGCAGGCGUCGGAGAUCCUGGCCAAGAUGUCGGAGCUGGUGCACAGCCGGCUGAAGCAGGGCCACGGGGUCGGCGGCGCCGUGCCGCCCGCCGUCUACGCGGGCACGCCGGUGCCCAAGGGGGCCACCUGCUUCGAGUGCGAGAUCACCUUCAACAACAUCAACAACUACUACGUGCACAAGCGGCUGUACUGCUCCAGCCGGCACCUGGCCGAGGACAGCCCCCCCGGGCAGCAGCGCAAGCUCAAAGCCCCCCCCGGGCUGCCCAAGGGUCCCCCCGCCCCGGGGACGCUGCUGUCCCCUCCGGCGGGCAACGGGCAGGGCCCGGCAGCGGGCGACGGCGACGCCGGCCGCGAUGCCACCCCCCCCCCCGCCUCUGAGCCCCGCGGCAGCCCCGACGCUGAGGGUCCCAUCGACCUGAGCAAGAAGCCGCGGUGGCAGAGCGAGCCGGCACCGGCACCGGCACCGGCCCCGGCCCCGGCAGCGCUGCUGCCGCUGGCUGACUACCACGAGUGCACCGCCUGCCGCAUCAGCUUCAACAGCCUGGACGCGUACCUGGCGCACAAGAAGUACCAGUGCCCGGCCACGCCGCUGCAGCCCCGCACCCUGGAGCACCUGCAGAAGAUGAAGGGGGCCGUGGGCGCCCCCCUCAAGGGCCGGCACAGCCCCGGCAGCCCCGGUGAGGGGGACCCCGAAGGAGGGCUGCGGGCGAGGGCGGCGCCGGCGGCGAGCCCCGGCAUCCCCUACCCCGUGGCGGACUCGCUGCAGCGUCACCCCAAAGCUCCCCUGCCCCCGGCGGGUGCCAAGGGUCCCCUCGCCGCGUGUCCCUACUGUCCCCUCAACGGGGCCAUCAAGGGCGACCUCCUGGAGUACUUCCGAAACGCCCACGGCCCCAGGGCGGUGCAGACCUCCCCGGGCAAGGCUGUGCCCGGCCCGGUGCCCAACGGCAACCACAGGUACUGUCGCCUCUGCAACAUCAAGUUCAGCAGCUUGUCCACCUUCAUCGCCCACAAGAAGUAUUACUGCUCCUCCCACGCCGCCGAGCACGUCAAGUAACCCCCACCCAGAGCCCCCCCAGCACUGCCUGGGGGGCUGGAACCGGUGCCUGACACCCCCAUACCGUGCAGGGGUUGGGGUGAUGGCGGAUUU